UCGACACUUUAUUUCGACGAGUUUUACUUGUUUUAACUUUUUUAGUGAUUGCAAACGGUGAAAGGCAUUCGAUUAAGAUUGUUGAAGAACCAUCCAGCUAUGGUUUAAUGAACAGCUACCAAGGCGGGGCAGUGGCGGAGACCAAUGUAAAUAAACUCAAGAUGAGAGUUACACCUUCAAACUUCUCUGGACCGCCACUCUUUUCUAGGCUGAAUGGGAAAUGUUUCUCUAAGACAUUUGAUGACUACAAGUAUGAGUUUUGUCCAUUCUGGAACGUUACUCAGCACGAGCAGUCUCUCAGGUGGAACCCUUAUAGCGGAAUACUUGGGGUGUGGCAGGAGUGGGAGAUAGAAAACAACACAUUUGUUGCCAUGGUGAUGAGGGAGGGAGAUAAGUGUGGGAACAAACACCGUACAACCAAGGUUUAUUUCAAAUGUGGAAAAGAGAAUGUCAUCACGAACGUAUCAGAGCCGAGCACAUGUAACUACCGUGUGGACUUCACAACUCCAUAUACCUGCCAUCUUCAAGCCCUGCUGGUUUACCCAACCCUCAACUCCUCCCUCAAGACGGAGUGGGGCCUUCUUGAAGGCCAGCUGGCUGCUGGACACAUCACAAAGAAGGGCUAUAAGAAGUAUUUGUCUCAGGUAUUCGUCAAGGCCGGCUACAUGUUGUCCACGGAAACAAAGAACCUUGUCUCGGCAAAGGCUGUUGCCUUGGAAAAAAAGGAGGAGGCGAAUAAAGAUGGACAGUUUGACAAUCUCUAUACAUGUACAGAGGAAUUCCGAAAGCUUAAAAAGGAGGUAGAGGAUCUUAAAGAGCAGCUGGAAAACAAAAAUAUUGAGGCAAACCACCACCCUGGGGUCAUGGAUGACAUGUAUAACCACAUGGUGGACGACUGAUACGCCCCAAGGAGGACACCUGACAGGACCACAGGAGACAACUGAUACGCCCGCUCAGAGAGUUGCGUUGCUUCUUGUGGACAUCUGCUGUACCAUGUGGGCAUGUGUUGUGAAAAGUGUGACACGAGCAAACUAGCUGUGAUAUUGUGCUCAAAGCAUUCCAAGACUUUCUUUCACUUACUAUGGCCUCCUCUAAUUUAGAGGCUUUUUUUAUCUGUGCAAUAGUUUACGUGUGGGUUUACAGAACAGUGAAAUAGUUUUACUGUGUUAUUGCUUUCUUUUUUUGUUAACUCUUAACCAGUGAUGAAGUAUUUAUCCAUGAAUAUGUAUAGAAGAGGGUUGAUUUUCAGUGAUUUUAAUUAACAUUCAAUGUUUGAAAUGUUCAAUGAGGGAUCAUUCCGUUCAAUUGCACACAUUGGGAUAUUGUUACUGUUUUGUGAAUGUGUCUGUGAGUUUCUUAAACUGAGCUGACAUGCAUAUCACCGGUUCAACCCCUUUCAGAAGGUUGUAUGACCAUUAAUACAGUUUGUGUAGGUUCAUGGACCAGUUUUAGGGUUUCCUAUGUAUGCAGGGAUGCCAAUUUUCCUCUUUUUGGUCACAAAACUUUUUAUCUUAUCUAUACAAAUAAUGGAUUUUUUUGGACUAUUCGAAGAAUAAGGAGAGCUAUACUACUCACCCAAGCGUCGGCGUCACACCUUGGUUAAGGUUUUGCGUGUAACCACAUUUAAGUCAAUAUAUCAGCAAAUACAUCAUGUAUUGCAUUGAAACUUUAGAUAUGUAUUCCCAACUAUCUAACCUACUAAAUUAAUGAAGUGCUACUGAAUUAAUGAAGUGGGAUAACACUUUUUGAAAAUAAUGCAAAUUAUGGGCCUUUAUUAUUUGACUUAAAAAUUCUGGUUAAGGUUUUGCAUGUAAGCACACAUAGGUUAAUAUCUCAGCAACUACUUGAUGUAUUGCAUUAAGAUUUAAUACAAUGGUACUCAACCACCCAACCUUCCUAAUUUACCAAGUUAGAUCACUCUUGUUUGCAUUUAAUGCAAAUAAUGACCCUUUAUUAUUCGACUUAGAAAAUGUGGUUACAGUUUUCCAUGUAAGCACACAUAGGUUAAUAUCUCAGCAACUACUUGAUGUAUUGCAUUGAGACUUAUUACAAUGGUACUCAACCAUCCAAUCCACUUAACUAACCAAGUAAGAUAACUCUAGUUUGCAUUAAAUUCAAAUUAUGGCCCUUUUUUAUUUGACAUAGAAAUUCAAAUACAUCAUGUAUUGCAUUGAAACUUUAUUCACAGGCUUCCAACCAUAGAAAUUCUGGUUAAGGUUUUGCAUGUUAGCACACAUAGGUUAAUAUCUCGGCAACUACUUCAUGUAUUGCAUUGAGACUUUAUACAAUGGUUUUCAACCACCCAACCUACUUGAAUAACCAAGUUUGAUAACUGUAUUUUGCAAGAAAUAAUGGCUCUUUGUUAUUGGACUUUUACUGAAAUUCUGGUUAAGGUUUUGCGUGUCACCACAUUCAUGUUAAUAUCUUAGCAAAUACAUCAUGUAUUGCAUUAAUUCUGAUCUGAUUUUACAGUGAUCCAUGUUUCGCCAAAACUUCAAUUCUUACACCGAAAAGUGGCUGUAAAAAGCGGUUGUAAAAAGUGUGAUGGGGAGACUUUCCUCUUUCUUUACGAAUUUGCAUUGGCAUUCCUGGUACAUUUGUGAAUUGUGUUAAGGUAAGUUCAGUCAACAUUUCAUAUCAAGUCAUGUAUUUUGUUCAUUUAUACCAGACUUUGACAUCAGACUGCUUUAGAUUUCCCUUCUUUAAGGCCCCAAGUUUGCCUUUCUUUAAUGUCCGUCCGUGCGCCUGGCGUAAUUUCAUGUCUACUCCUUAUCCAAAUAUUUUGAGGUCACUUUACAUAUUCCAACCACAUACGUUCAAGGUCACAUUUAAAGGGUCAAAGGUCAGGCUCAUUUUCCUUGUCCAUUCUCAAUUGAUGAAUCCAUUUCAAAAUAUCAAAAGUUAAUAACUUUGAGCCGAACUUCAAAGCAUGUAUACAAGCCAUGUUUAGUCACGUUCAAGGUCACACUUAGGGGUCAAAGUUCAGGUUACAUUUUACAUCCGUAUUCAACCAAUGAAAUGAUUUUGAAAAUAUUUGUUGGAACAAUCAGGCUCUGCACCAUGUUACUUAAAGGUCAAGCCCACUUUUAAGGUUCACAUGAAUUGUUAUCAUUGAUGAAGUCACCUUCACAAAGAACACAAACAUUUUUAAUCAAAUAUUUACCACAUGCACCAAUUCUAUUAAAUUUUAAUGCAAAGGAAGUAGGAACAAAAAAUGACUGUGGCAAUACCUGAGGAUCUUAUUCAGUACAUAAUUAUGACCCCUUUGUUGGUCCUUCCUGUGACUAAAGUACAUCAAACUUGGUAGGAAGGUUGCACAUAACCCCUGUCCUUCGCUCUGGCCGGCUAUCCUCAAACUUGGUCACAACUUUUGAUUACCACACAGACAUUUAAUUAAGAAUUGAUUAUAUUCGUGCUAGAGCUUGGUCAUUUUCUGUACUGCACAAAUUUUUUAUUCUUUGUCGUGGAAUGAGUCAAAUAAGGGUUUGCAGAUAUUUAAGAUUGGAUAGUUUUUUACCCCAAACCUUGACAUGAUCUUUUUAUUAGAAUUGACCUUUUCAUGUCGGCCAUUGGAGUCCUAACAUUUUGUAAUGCGUUGAAAAUUCUCCAAUGCAUCUUCUGUUGCAGUGACAGUGAGUGGAAAAUGGACAAAGUGUGCAUGGUUUCUUGGUGUUUCAUUUUUGGAGGUUUAUACAAAUAAAAUCAAAAAAAUCAGGGAAUGUAGCUCCCCAUAGGAUUGACUGUGUUCUGUUUAAUGUAAAAGUUCUAAACAAAAUUCAAAAUCUGAUUGUCAAGAACUUGUAUAACUUAAUAUAGAGCAAAUAAUAAAAUAAAAUAAAGUUAUUCAUAAAAAAAAUAAGUGGUUGAAGCAAUUCUUUCUUACAUUUUGUAGCUUUUUAUUCAAAUGUUGCCUUGAUGCAAAUUUAAAAUUGUUAUACUUGGUGCACUAGGCUCUAUUUUGCAAAUGUGCCAAUCAAUAGGUUGUGGUGCGUAUGAAUUGUAACUUUGUAGGAAACAAAUGGAUUGAAAUCCACAACAAUUUAAUGUUGAGCUUUUUAAAGUACAUUAAUUAAGGCCCUUGAAAUUGUCAAAAAUUGCAUAGUAGCCAAGUGAAAAUUACAGUCUAAGAGAGACAACCUGUACUCGGAGAGUGCAGUUGGUUUUUUGCAUUUAUCUCCCUUUCCUUUGGUAAAAAGGGAUUGAUUCCUUUAAAUGAGCUUGUGAGAAGGGAGCCUCCAUUUUAACCUGAUGUUUACCUAACUUAUAUUGAAAACCAUACAUGACUGGAUAAUGGUCUUUAAUUUUCAAAACCGCUAUGAUAACACAAUAUGACCUAUCUGAAAACCAGGUCCGUCCAGGAAUGACUGAGUUAUUGCUCUUGAACAUUUCUGUAAUCAAUAGAGCCUCCAUAUUCACAUUGCAUGUUAUAUGUUAAAAAUGCAAUGUCGGGUCCCCAUAAAUUAACAAAAAUGCUAAAACGAACUAUCAGUACAUGCUCUGGAUGGAAAAUGACCAAACAAUCCAUGCCAGUAGAGCAUAGAUCCUCGUGGGCCUUCUUGCUAUCUAUUUAUGUAUUGUGAACUGCUUAUAUCAUUUUUGAACAUCAGGAUUUCUAUAUAUUCAGAGAUGUGAUUAACCAUGCAGCAGAAGUGCUAAAACCAUUUUGGCUAUAGGUAUGUCUGUGCUUAAAGUCUCUAAAGGGGGUACAAGGAGGUGAAGUACCCUGCUGCAGAAGCAAAACUGACUUUCAAGAAGCCCUUGUGAAGGGGUCUUAUGACUUCAUCACCUAAGGUUUACUGACUUGGCAAUACAGUGUUAAGAGUGUUGAGCGACGAAUAUCCAGAAAUGCCUAUUUUUGCCAAUUCAAGGGCCAUAACUUUGUUUUUCUGAAGUGCACAGAAUGGAAUAAAAGCCCAGGUGCACAACUGCUACACUUGAAUAACAUUUGGCCGAUGUUUCUUGACUCUACGUGAACCACUUGGGACUUGAGUGACACAAGACUUUUACAAAUUUAAGGGUCAUAACUCUGGUUUUACAAUCUGCAGUGAAACAAAACCCCUGGUGCACAACUUCAUCACCCCAUUAACAUUCCACUAGGGUUUAAUUUCUCUAGGUAAUUAAGUGUUGGCAGUUUUGAUCAAAACAAAUACAGGAAUGCCAGAAAUGCUAAUUCAAGGGCCAUAACUGGUUUUACUAAGUGCAGCAAAAAACAAAUCCCUUAGACCCAAUAUCACGAAAAUCCUUGAGUCAAAUCUCAAUCAUGGUCUCAACUCAUUCUAACCUAAAGCAUAAAAAGUUUUUACAUCUUUUAAAAAACGCAUUCUAUCAUAUAAUAUGUUGAUCAACGCCUUUGCCCAAGAUUCCAAGGGAAUAAUAUUUUACAGCCAAAAAGAAUUUAAGUACAAUUUAAUGUUUUUUUGUGAAUUACUCAAGUAUAUUUUUUGUUCUAGAAUGAGUUUUCUUUGAAAUAUUGACAAAAUCAUUUUAUCAACAAAUUCUAUGAGAAAAUAUGUUUUCAGGAAAAAACAUGCAAGAUUUUAAAUCAUACUAUGCAUUUAUGCAGUAUAUUGAGUUGAAAUUGAGAUUUAACUCGAGUAUUUUUGUGAUAGUGGGGCCAGGUGAACAACUUCAUCACCCAUUAAUAUUUCCCUAUUUAAGGUUUCAUGACUCACUCUGUAAUAUGAAGUCUUUAAGCGAGUUUGCAUCAUAAUAAUGGAAUCACAGAUGAAUGGACCAAAAAAGGGCAGAUUAAUUUUUUAAACCGGGCAUAAAAAAUGUUUCUCCCUUGCAGCAGUGGAAAAAGUAGAACCCCCAUUGCAAACAAGCACGUUUCUGUGGCCUUUUAUAAAUACUGAUAUAUCUACCAUCAAAGUUCACAUCAGUUCAUGAAACAAAUUUUCUCUUAUUUGGCAUUUAUGUUGAGCUUGGAUGCUGUUAAAUGGUUUAACAGCAAUGAUACUUGAGCAGUCAGGUUCAAGGGACACCAAUCUUUCAAUCAAGUUUUUUUUAAGUUAGGCAAGCUAGUAUUGGGUGGUAGAUUCUUUAAAAACAUGACAAAUUCUGAAACUAAUGUGAAUAAAUUGAUGUUGCACCACAAAACAAGCAACUAUCAUACAGUGUCUAUGGAGUCAGUUCAGAUAUAUGGAAAUUAUGUGAGUUUUUUUUUUAGAAUUUGUUUCCAAUUACAAUUCAUGCGCACCACAACAUAUUUAUCGGCACCAUGAUGUUAAAAAUAUUGAACCUUGUGCACCAAAUAUAGCAAGUAAUGUUCUAAAUGUGUAACUAGGCAACCUUUUGUCAAUUAAAGCUACAAAUAUGUGAAUAAAUUGCUUAAACCUAAGAUCACUUUUUGUGAAAUUUAAGACAUUACAUUGUCAACAAGUACUAGCAAGUUCUGCAAGUUGUCAUUGAUCAGAUCUUGAUUUUUGUUCAAAACUUUUACAUUUAACAUGUAACAGUCAAUCCUAUGUGAAAAUACAUUACUUGAUUUUUCAG